UGUAGCCUGAGCGUGAGAGAAGAGAGCAUCGCCCUGCAUCCUCGUUGUACAGUAAACUCUCCUCAUUACGCUUCAUGAAAACAGGCUUCUCGUGACGAGAACAUGUUAGAAUUCUUUUUGCACCUGCUUUUUCUCUUCUGCCUGGGUCGAUACGCAGAUUGUCAAGAUACUCGAGUGAUCUUGGAUGGGAAACCAGCGAGAAUACCGUGCGAUUUAACGAGUCCUGCCACUGUCCUUUGGUUCCGGGUAGGGAACACGGGGAUGGACGUCAUAGGAUUUAUCGACAGCAAAGGAGUGAAUCAUAACCGCGCGGACGGUAACUCCACUGUCAUGAGAAAGGAGGACAUAACAAUUAAAGAUUUCAACAAGAAGCGCAACAGCGGAGUCUACGGCUGCUUGACGACAAGCGGUCAGAAAUUAUUAUUUGGGAAGACCACUACCCUCGAUGGACCUCCUGACCCAACCACCAUGACAACUCCUCUAGUGACGACUGCCCCUCCACCUAGCACCACUACAACUCCCUGUCCCUGCAAAACAUUGAGGAAGCCUGAUUCCCGUGGCAGCUGUGAAGUGGCCAUCUUGGCCCCAUUGGUGGUCGGCUGCAUCCUCCUCUUUCUCAUCCUCAUCCUCACCAUCCGCCACUGCAGCCGCAUUAGAACGAGAGGGUGCCCACACCACUACAAGCAAAGGAGGCCCACACAAGCCAACACUGCCAAGCCCGGGAGAUAUAUCUAGCUGCCAACAGCAACCUCGUCUGCACAGGCAAGGAGACUGAGCGCGUGUUUGACUGAAUAAUGAGAGUGACGCACCUGAGAAAUAUAGAAACAUAUUCCUCCUAUAUUGAGAACUGACAUAUCUAUUCAUCUUUACCAUUGUGAAAAAAGCUCUUCUUUAAUAAUAAUAAUAGUAGUAGUAGUAGUAGUAGUAAUAAUAAUAAUAAUAAUAAUAAUAAUAUUCUCAAGAGAAGAUGAGAUGGGUGUUCAUAGGAUUCUGAGGGUGUUAUUAGAGCUUAAUUUCUGUUACCUUGCAUAUUGUUCAUUAUUUUAGAAAGGCAAAUAUUUGGAUUACUGUAAAUAUAAUUCAUUUUGCUGUAAAUGUUUAAUAUAUUUAAAUCUUUUAUUGUCGCUCGUGAUAGUUUGUUUUAAAAGGAUAGUGCAAGAUGUAGACUGGCAGCAGAUGUAGUUCCUGCAAGUCACGUUUACUUGGUUUUGCAACUGAACAAUAUCCUUCAACCAUGGAGUGUGCCAGUGCACACUCUCUGAAGUAUUUCCCAUUCUGCUUUGUCAUACUUCAUUUCAGUGAUUUCUCAGGAAUAAUAAAGGCUUUUUGUUGGA